AUGGUUAACGCUGAAAAAGUUGAGUUGGUUUUAAUUUAUGGCGAAUGUCAACGUAAUGAACACCUGACUGCUUUAACGUAUGCCGAACGAUACCCAGAAAGAUACUAUCCAUCUUCUAAUUAUGUUUUACGAAUUUUACAAGGGUUAAAUCAGGAAGGAAGAUUUCCUGGCACACAAAUAAACCAACAAAGGCGUAGAGCAAAUAUUUUUGAUGACGAUAAAGAAUUACAGGCACUAGCAUAUAUAAGGGCUUAUCCACGUUUGUCAAUUAGGCAUGUUGCAAGAGAAGUGGAGUUUCAUAUGGUUACGUCCAAAAAAUUCUAA